UGAGGCUUACGAGCAGAAGCGGCUACCAGGCGGCAGGACGAGCCGAACGGAGCCCGCAAAUAAACAUCCGCUCCUCUGCACCUCUGCAGGACUCGGUUACCGUAGCGCGGCGCGAGCGAAUGGGCGGCUGGAGCGUCUGGCUUUGAACUGACCGCUGCGUGCGUCAUUAGCGUUCGGUGGUGUUUUUGUUUUUUGUUGUUGUUGUUGUUGUUUUUUCCAUUCGAGGGCAGAAAAAGGAGAGCAUGGCAACACCAGCCGCCGUCAACCCCUCGGAAAUGGGCACAGAUCUGCCUGGGCCAGUGGCCAUGGCGGGUGCUGUGGCGGGUCAGGUCAGGAUGGCGGGCACCAUGCCAGGACGAGGGGGCAAGAGGAGAUCAGCCGGGAUGGACUUUGAUGAUGAAGACGGAGAAGGACCGAGCAAAUUUUCAAGGUAUGACGAUGAUCAAAUUCCCGCUGAUAAGGAGCGCUAUGCCAGAGAGAACCACAGCGAGAUUGAGCGGCGCAGACGCAAUAAAAUGACGCAGUACAUCACAGAGCUGUCAGACAUGGUGCCCACUUGCAGCGCGCUGGCCAGGAAACCCGACAAGCUGACCAUCCUGCGCAUGGCUGUCUCCCACAUGAAGUCCAUGAGGGGGACGGGGAACACGUCGACGGACGGAGCCUACAAACCCUCCUUCCUCACCGAGCAGGAACUGAAGCACCUGAUCCUGGAGGCAGCCGACGGUUUCCUGUUUGUGGUGGCGGCGGAGACGGGGCGGGUGAUCUAUGUUUCAGACUCGGUGACGCCCGUCCUGAACCAUCCUCAGUCGGAGUGGUUCGGCAGCACCCUGUACGAGCAGGUCCACCCAGACGACGUGGACAAACUCAGAGAGCAGCUCAGCACCUCUGAAAACUCGAUGACUGGCCGGAUCUUGGACCUGAAGACAGGGACGGUGAAGAAGGAGGGACAGCAGUCCUCUAUGAGGAUGUGUAUGGGCUCCAGACGCUCCUUCAUCUGCAGAAUGAGGUGCGGCAGUGCUCCGCUGGAUCACAUCUCACUCAACCGCCUGGCCAACAUGAGGAAGAGAUACAGGAAUGGUCUGGGUCCGUCUAAAGAAGGAGAAGCGCAGUAUGCGGUGGUGCACUGCACUGGCUACAUCAAGGCUUGGCCACCAGCAGGCAUGACGAUUCCUGAAGAGGACACAGAAGCCGGUCAAACCAGCAAAUACUGCCUGGUGGCAAUUGGGCGACUGCAGGUGACCAGCUCUCCAGUUUCAAUGGACAUGAACGGGCUCUCCGUUCCGACAGAAUUCCUGUCCCGCCACAACUCGGACGGCAUCAUCACCUUUGUGGACCCCCGCUGCAUCAACGUGAUUGGCUACCAACCCCAGGACCUGCUUGGUAAAGACAUUCUGGAGUUCUGCCAUCCUGAGGAUCAGAGCCACCUGAGAGAAAGCUUCCAGCAGGUGGUGAAGCUGAAGGGUCAGGUGCUGUCAGUGAUGUAUCGCUUCCGGAUGAAGAACCGAGAAUGGAUGUUGAUCAGAACCAGCAGCUUUACCUUCCAGAACCCGUACUCAGACGAGAUCGAGUACAUCAUCUGCACCAACACCAACGUCAAGCAGCUCCAGCAGCAGCAGCAAGCCGAAUUGGAGGUUCAUCAGAGGGACGGACUGACAGCAUAUGAUCUGUCACAGCAGGUGCCAGUGGGCAGCGUGCCGGCCGGCGUCCACGAGGCCAGCAAGACCAUCGACAAAACGGAGACGCUUUUCUCUCAGGAGAGAGACCCGCGCUUCAGUGACAUGUACACAGGCAUCUCCAGCACUGAUAAGAAGAUGAUGGUGCCCUCCUCCACGGCUGGAGGUCAGCAGCUGUAUUCCCAAGGCAGUCCUUUCCAACCCGGGCAUUCAGGCAAGAGUUUCAGCUCAUCGGUCAUCCAUGUUCCUGGGGUGAAUGAUAUCCAGUCCUCGGCCGGCUCAGCGGGUCAGAACCUGGCCCAAAUCUCUCGACAGCUCAACCCGGGCCAGGUGUCCUGGACAGGCAGCAGGCCGCCCUUCUCUGGCCAGCAGCAGCUCCCGGCCCAGUCCAGUAAAGCCCAGUCGUCCCCCUUCGGCAUCGGCUCCAGUCACAGUUACCAGGCUGACCCGUCCUCAUACAGCCCUCUGUCCAGCCCCGCCACCUCCUCUCCAAGUGGGAACGCCUACUCCAACCUGGCCAAUCGCAGCACUGCUUUCGAUGUGUCGGGUGAGGGCAGUCAGAGUGGUGGUCAGUUCCAGGGUCGUCCGUCUGAAGUGUGGUCCCAGUGGCAGAGCCAGCAUCACAGCCAGCAAACUGGAGAACAGCAUACACACACUCAGCCCAGCCAGUCCGAGGUGUUCCAGGAUAUGCUGCCCAUGGCUGGUGACCCCACCCAGGGAGCGGCCAACUACAACAUAGAAGAUUUUGCUGACCUGGGCAUGUUCCCUCCAUUUUCCGAGUAACUGUGGAUUGAACUUUUUUCAGGGUUGUUUUUUUUUUCUCUUUCCAUGACUGCAGUAUCGUCAUCAUUAUCAUCAUCAUCAUCAUCAGUCGCACUCACGCACAUGAACAGUUUUGCAUAAAUGAGAAAAUGUUACUGCACAAGUUGUUACGAUGUUUGGAUGCCAUUGCACACACAGUCCACGUUCUGGACCAUUUGACUGUCUAUCUGAUACACACCCAUACAUACAGUGCAAAAGGCUGAGACCCCUGCUCAUUUGCUUAAUUUCCAGUCAAGUACAAGUUCAUUUUUCAGCAUUAGGGAAAAUAAAAAAAUGCAUAUUUAACAGAAAAUUACACAGAAGCCUCAACAACUAAAUAUAAUAUCAGAUUUUUCAGUAUUUAUU